UGAGAGGAGAGAAAAAGGGAGAGAAACGCUUGCUCAUCUUCGAGCUAAGCUCCAACCUAGGGUUAGGGUUAGGUUUCCGAACCGAGCAGAAAUUGAAAUCGACCUUCAACAACAAUGGCGAAUCGAACAGACCCACUAGCAAAGAGUAUAAGGGGAACGAACCCACAAAAUUUGGUCGAAAAGAUAGUUCGAUCGAAAAUCUACCAAAACACCUACUGGAAAGAACAAUGCUUCGGUCUCACCGCCGAAACUCUCGUCGACAAGGCCAUGGAGCUCGACCAUGUGGGUGGCACUUACGGUGGUAAUCGCAAACCUUCUCCAUUCAUGUGUCUUGUCAUGAAGAUGCUACAGAUUCAACCCGAGAAAGAUAUCGUCGUUGAGUUCAUCAAAAACGAAGAUUAUAAGUAUGUGAGGAUACUUGGGGCGUUCUAUUUACGUCUUACAGGAACGGAUUCCGAUAUCUACUUGUACCUAGAGCCAUUGUACAAUGAUUACCGAAAGCUGCGUAUGAGGAAGCCGGAUGGGCAGUAUUUGCUGACUCAUGUGGACGAGUUCAUUGAUGAACUUCUGACGAAAGACUAUUCAUGCGACAUUGCCAUGCCCCGUAUUAAGAAGAGAUGGAAUCUUGAGAACAUUGGUGCUCUAGAACCCAGAAGAAGUGCCCUAGAAGAUGAUUUCGAGGAGGAGGAAGAAAAGGAAGAAGAUGAGAUGGAUGUAGAUGUUGAUGAACAUGAAAAGGAUUAUCGCAGGAGUCCUGUGAGAGACAAGGAUAGGAGACGUGAUAGUCACAGACACAGGGACUAUGACCGUGAUUAUGACCGUGAUUAUGAGAGAGAACGUGGAAGAGGGCGAGAUCGAGAUCGAGACAAGGAUAGGGAUAGGGACCGGGACCGAGAUAGAGAUUACCGAGACAGGGAUCGAGACCGAGAUCGUUAUCGCAUCAGAGAUGAAAAAGAUUAUGGUCGUGAUAGGGAUAGGGAUAGGGAUAGGCGUGACAGGGAUCGUGGUAGGCGAAGGAGUCGGAGUAGGAGUCCGGAUCGCAAUGACCGUGAUGGUGACCGUAAGAGGCAUGGUAGGAGUCCGAGUCCCAGAAGGCAUGGAGAUGAGGAUAAUGGUGCACGAGAGGAGUCUAAGAAGAAGAAGAAAGGGAAGAAGGAGAAGAAGGAUGAUGGCACAGACCAUCCUGAUCCAGAAAUUGCUGCAGCUAACAAACUUCGUGCUGAACUUGGGUUGAAACCGUUGCAGUUAUAGAUACAAAUAUGAUUGUACAUUUGUUGUUAGGUUGAAAAAUGUGGGUAAUCUAUGUUUUCUAUGCCCAAGUUGGUUGAACCCAGCAGUUGAUGUUAAAUUGUUAACUCAUCUGUCAUACUUCUGUAUUGUAUGAUUCAUUUCCAACUAGUUAACAUCAAAUUCUGGAGAGUGUAACCUUCUUAAGUAUGCUUUUGGUUAGCCCAUACGCGUUACAUGUUGCACUUGAUGUUUUGUGGAAUCUGCAAUAACAAUCAGCAGUCGACUGUUUCCUGA